GGAGCCAGGCCUCUGACUUUGUCACGGGGCUUUAUAGCAGAAAGGUGGGAAGCAGCCCGCAAGACCUUUUCCUGGCCUGUUGACUUGGUGUCCAAUAUUCUUUCUCCACAAUGGACUCUCCAUUGAAAAAGAACGAGCCGGACAGUCCCAGAUUUUAUCACUUGGAACUUUAUGACUCCCUUGAAGAUUUCCUUCCCGAGGAACCAUUUAGAAGGCGAGAUCUGUCUGCGUCUGAAAACAGGGCCACCCAAGAUGUAGAGAAGCAAUGCACAAGUCAUGCGGAGUGUCAGGAUCAGCAACUCACAGACGAUGCGAGAGAAGAGAAUGACAAGGCUGACAAUAAUGUUCUUGAGGAUAAGGAUGAAAGCAGACAGUCCUACCAAGAGAAAGAACUAUAUUGCAUUACUUGCUGUGUUCCAGUGACAGCCUUUAAUAGCAAGUGUAAUAAACAUCAAGAGCACGAAGUCAUGUCCCUUGCGGCUGUGGUGGAAAUCGCAAAGGAUGAGCUUCAGAAAAACAUUGGCCGAUUGGAAGAUCAAAUUGCUCACCUGGAGAGUUUUGCUAGCCACUUGGAGGAAAUUUUUAUUACUGUAGAGGAGAAUUUUACCAGGCAGCAGCAGAACUUUGAGAAGCGUUACGAGGACAUAAUACAGAUCUUUGAGCAACGCUAUGAAGAAAAUAUGCAGGCUUUGGGAGAGGAGAAGAAAGAAAAACUGCAAGCUUUGUACAAACAACUGGUCGGCUGUGGAGAAAACCUGGAUACUUGCAAAGAUCUCAUGGAAACCAUCGAAAACCUUGACCAGGGUGAAAAAAAAGUGGAAGCCAUCAAGACUGCAGUUGCAACAAUUCACAGAGUGCACACCUUCUUGGAAAAGGAUGUGAGCGUAGAUCUCUCAACUCCAGCAGAGUUUGAAGACCGAGUCAUUGAUUUCUCAGACAUUCAGGAGCUAUUGAAGUCUGUUAGCUUUUCCCCAAUCUCUACCCCCCCUUGUGCGCCAGUGAUGAACGCUCAGGAUCCCAGUUCAGCUACUGGGACGUCUGUGAAAAUUUGCUGGAGCUUUUUCUCAGAAGAUAUUGUGGAAAGCUACCAACUCUAUUACAAGCGAGUGAGCAAUGACACAUCCAACACGGAGCAAGAAGAGUUUAAGCUAAAUGUGAAAGAAACCUACUGCACAGUCGCUCAACUGGUGCCUAACACACAAUAUGAAUUUUGGGUAAAAGCAGUAAACAGAGCUGGGGUCAGCUCAGCCAGCGAAAGAGCCGUGUAUAUGACAGCUCCUCUGCCGCCUGUUAUCAAAGAGAAGGUGAUUCAGAGCUGUGAAAACGCUGCCCUGGUGCAAUGGGAAUGUGGAAAUAUUAAUCCCGUGGAAUCCUACACUGUUGAGUUGUCUAAGAUGGCUGGUGGAGAUGGAGGAGACAUUCUCACUGAAUCUGUUGUUGGAAUUCCAAACUGUGAGGCACUGAUUCAGCUGGAGCCAAAACAAAAUUACCUUCUCUUUGUGAAGGCCAUCAAUAUAGGAGGAUCUAGCGAAAGGAGUGAGCCAGCUUCUAUCUUUAGCACAGGAACUGUAUUUACCCUCAACGAAAGGACAGCGCAUCCCUCCUUGUCCAUCCUGGAAGAUGGGCUGACACUGGUCUGCCACAAAAACAAGAGUGCCCAAAGUGACACACCCUUUGGCGAAGACAGUUUUACAAGAUCCAUUGCUGUAAUGGGAUACCCGAUCCCAUUCCGAGGAAAACAUUACUGGGAGGUCGACGUUGAUGAGAUCACUGAAUAUUGCAUUGGGGUGGCUUUUGAAAAUGUACCAAGAGAUGAUUACUUGGGUGCAAGCCAUUCCUCCUGGUGCAUGAAGCACACCAUUACUUCCUCCAGCCAUGUCUAUGAAUUUCUCAACGAUGGGAUAACACCCAACAUCAAGAUCACAGUUCCUCCUGAGAAGAUUGGCCUUUUACUGGACUACGAUGAAGGGACUCUCUCAUUUUUUAACGCUGAUAUCAUGCAACACCUGUACACCUUCCAUGGCAACUUUCAAGAAUUUGUGUGUCCCUGUUUCGCGGUGAAAGGCGUCGGCGUGCUCAAGAUUCGAAAUGGUAUCACAGUACCGCCACAAGUUGCUUUGUGAUUCAGGGUAGCAAGAUGCAGCACACUUAAUAAGCAAUGUAGCACACUUCCAGCC